AUGGUGCCCUAUUUCAUUGGUCGACAACAAGAAUGUGAACAAAUCUCGCGUGUGUUGACGUCCACAUCUGCUCGGCUAGUCUCUGUAUCUGGACCCCCUGGUUUUGGCAAAACCUCGUUAGCAAUUGCAGUAGGACACCAACUUAGACAGCUCGGACUACCAGUUUAUUUCCUUUCCUUGAGAAGCGUCAAGACAAUGGAAGAGCUGAUCUCUGACCUGUUAAACACCUUUGCACAUACGUCGUCUGAUGUAACGGGGCAAGGGCGUUCAAAACUGUGCGGACUCCUCAGUGCAAUUCCUUCCAACAUUUGUAUCAUCCUCGAUAACGCCGAUGACCUUUUUGCGAGUAGUGGUGAAACGAGCCAAGAUGUUUUAGACCUGCUCGAAAAGAUCUUUUCUCAUUGCAAGAAUGUGUCCUUUCUAUUGUCUACAAGAACGAGUCUUCAGUCGGUGCUGGGAAGAAAAUUUGGCGCUCACGUGUCCCUCGGGGUUGCAUCGCUAGACAGGAAAUCGGCACAAAUGCUUGUUCAAAAACUUUUCUCCGCUGCUGAUGAAAGUGAAUGCUGCAGAGUGGCUGAGGUUUGUGGAGACGUUCCACUGGCCAUCAAGCUUUUGUGCGGUCAAAUCGUUGACGAGAAGGAGAGUAUAUCUCAAUUCCUUGACCACUUUAGCCGUUCAUCAACACCGGUAGUAAAGUUGUUAGACGAUCCAGAUGCGCCUAAUGAUCAACGUUUGAAUGUCUUGUUCGAGUCUUAUUUCAAAAGACUAUCUCGAGAAGAGCAAGAAGCAUUUGUUUGUCUUUCAGUAUUUGUCAGUGAAGUGUUUGACGAGCAAGCUGCAGUAACGGUCAUUGGAGGAGAUGAAGACACAGCAAAGAAAACUUUGUUGAGGCUCAAGAGAAAAUAUUUGGUUGAAGGAAAUUCCUCCGAAUCAGUACUGUUUUCUUUUCAUCCUCUGAUCAAGUCAUUUAGUUCCGAAAGAGCAGCUGGCAUGAAAGAAAUUGCUCGCGAAGCAGAAAGGCGAUUCCUGAGGUAUUACGUCCAGUUAUUUAAAGAUUUAAACAACCAGUUUCUUGCUGGAAAUUCUCUCCUUGCAUUCCACGAUUUCGAAUUUAACAAGGAGAAUAUGGUACAUAGUCUUUGCGAAGGUCUUCAAAACGAGGCUGUGUGCGACGCAAUUUUCGAUGUUCUUUCUGAUGUGGAUCUGUUUUUAGACACCAUUUUCUACUUUGAGCAUUAUUGGAUGUUGCAGAAAAUUUAUGAUUUUGCAAUAGCCAAGGCAAGAGUGCGAAGUAAAUUUAGAGCUGUCCACCAACUGCUAAUUGCUAAAGCUUUUAGUCAAAUAGCCUUUUAUGAUGGAGCUACAUUGGCAUUACUGAAAGAGGCCGAAGAAAUAGAGAAGCAAAAUCCUCUUCUUAUUUCAGAAGCUGUCGUGGGAAAACGAAUGUGUUACGUUGGUAUUCACCUGCUAAUAUGUAAAGCGGAAGCGAAAGCGAAAGGAGGCGAAACUCUUGAAAAAGGGAUAUCUCUUUUGAGUUCUGAAAAUACUGUACUUAAGGUUUUAUGCUCCCAGAUUCUUGCUUUGAUUACUCUUCACGCAGAUAAGUCUUCCUACUAUUGGAACAUUGUUUUAACUGAAUGCGCUGAUAAACCAACCUUGUAUGCUUUCGUCAAAGCUAUACAAGAAGGCGAUUGCGCUGACGAGAAAGAGAAUGAAAACCCAAAAGCUUUAAGUCAACCACUCAUUUUGGCGCUUACACUUCUCAUAUACCACAUUGCGAAAAACAAUGACAUGGAGGAGGUAAUCUAUAAACUUGGUUUGCCAAUCUCGCAGUUAAAGAAAAAAAUCGAAGCCGAAGCACACAACGACCGUCUAUACUUGCCACUACUCUUCAUCGAUGAAAGCACCCUGGCAAAAGUAAAAAUGGAUCAAGAGAGUCCAGCAGCGAUGCAGUUCGCUCUUGAUAAUUUUAUAGGAGAAUAUGGUCGGCUAAACUCGCAUACAGCCGCAAGGUACUAUAACAUUGGAAAUAUUCUACUGAGGCAGAACGACUAUGACGCCGCUUUGACAUGUCAUUACGAAGCUCUAGACAUCAGACUAAAGCUUUAUGGGCACAACCAUGCAGAUACCGCCAACAGCUAUUACCAGAUUGGAAGAGCCCAACUUGAGAAAAAAAAUUACAAGUCAGCACUGCAAUCGUUCGAGCAAGUACUUGAUAUCAGACAAAAUCUUUAUGGGAAAGUCCACCCAGACGUUUCCUUCGCUUGUAAUCACAUUGGAGUGACAAAGUAUCAUUUGAAAGAGUACGAUUCAGCUCUGCAUUGGCAUCGGCAAGCCCUGGAUAUUAGCGUGGCGCUGAAUGGAAAGGAACACCGAGACUCCGCUUCAAGCUACUACAGUAUUGCACAAUGUCAGUACGAAAUGCAAGACUAUGAUUCUGCUCUGGCGUCACAUCAACAGGCACUUGAUAUCAGACUAAAGCUUUAUGGGCACAACCAUGCAGAUACCGCCAACAGCUAUUACCAGAUUGGAAGACCCCAACUUGAGAAAAAAGAUUACAAGUCAGCACUGCAAUCGUUCGAGCAAGCACUUGAUAUCAGACAAAAUCUUUAUGGGAAAGUCCACCCAGACGUUUCCUUCGCUUGUAAUCACAUUGGAGUGACAAAGUAUCAUUUGAAAGAGUACGAUUCAGCUCUGCAUUGGCAUCGGCAAGCCCUGGAUAUUAACGUGGCGCUGAAUGGAAAGGAACACCGAGACUCCGCUUCAAGCUACUACAGUAUUGCACAAUGUCAGUACGAAAUGCAAGACUAUGAUUCUGCUCUGGCGUCACAUCAACAGGCACUUGAUAUCAGACUAAAGCUUUAUGGGCACAACCAUGCAGAUACCGCCAACAGCUAUUACCAGAUUGGAAGACCCCAACUUGAGAAAAAAGAUUACAAGUCAGCACUGCAAUCGUUCGAGCAAGCACUUAAUAUCAGACAAAAUCUUUAUGGGAAAGUCCACCCAGACGUUUCCUUCGCUUGUAAUCACAUUGGAGUGACAAAGUAUCGCUUGAAGGAGUACGAUUCAGCUCUGCAUUGGCACCGGCAAGCCCUGGAUAUUAGAGUGGCGCUGUAUGGAAAGGAACACGCAUCCUCCGCUUCAAGCUACUUCAGGAUUGCACAAUGUCAGUACGAAAUGCAAGAUUAUGAUUCUGCUUUGGAGUCACAUCAACAGGCACUUGAUAUCAGGCUAAAGCUUUAUGGACACAACCAUGCAGAUACCGCCGAGAGCUAUUACCAGAUUGGAAGAGCCCAACUUGAGAAAGGAGAUUACAAGUCGGCACUGCAAUCGUUCGAGCAAGCUCUUGAUAUCAGACAAAAUCUGCAUGGGAAAGUCCACCCAGACGUUUCCUUCGCUUGUAAUCAGAUUGGAAUGACAAAGUAUUGCUUGAAAGAGUACGAUUCAGCUCUGCAUUGGCACCAGCAAGUCCUGGAUAUUAGCGUGGCGCUGUAUGGAAAGGAACACCCAGACUCCGCUACAAGCUACCACUGCAUUGCACAAUGUCAGUGCAAAAUGCAAGAUUAUGAUUCUGCUUUGGAGUCAUGUCAGCAGGCACUUGAUAUCAGGUUAAAACUUUUUGGACAGAAUAGCGAAGCUACAAGCGACUGUUAUGACCAACUGGAAUUUAUACGAAGUCGAAAGAAAGUUUGUCAAUCAUCACUCGAUCUACAGAGCAAAAAUUCUUGAAGCAAGAACAAAAUAACAAGUUGUAGUGACGUUAUAUCUAUAGUAACACUGAUGGUUCGAGUAAAUACAAGUUAUAAAAGAACACGAUAAAGUGACUUAUAAUAACCAAUUAACAUCAGAAUUUCUGUUAGAGAACAUGCAUGAUGUAAUUUGCCCACUUUUUUAGCCAGUUCAAAUCAGUCAUGUUUUACUCUGUCUUUUAACAGAUGCUUUGUAAUAAUAUUGGAGAAUUAAGUAAAUUAAAUUUUUUGACAUAGUUAUAAUUAUCUACGAAUUUGCAAACGACCUUAUGUGAUUGUCGAGUCGGUUUUCUUUGAAUGUUCUUCAUCACGAUGUAUAUUAAAGGACCGGCCAACUCUCUGGAAGUCGCACUCUGGUGGCAUUUUUUUUACAAGCUGCCAACUGGCAUUUUCUUAUAGCCAAAACAUUGGUGAACAAGAC